AUGGAUAAUCAGAAUCCUGAUACGGCACAUACAGAGGAGGAAAUCCCUGAAGUUCAUCAACUUUCCAGAUCACACUCUUCUGGAUCUCAUCAAAAUCAACUACCUGAUUUUCUUACCAAUCCUUCUAAUCCGUUUUUCUUACAUCCGAAUGAAUCACCAUCAGUAGUGUUGGUUUCGCCAUUGUUGAAUGCCAGUAACUAUCACACAUGGGCCAGAGCAAUGACAGUAGCUCUCCUCUCCAAAAACAAGAUUGGAUUCAUCAACGGAUCCAUCAUUCCACCGCUAGAAACAGAUCCGAAUUAUUUUGCUUGGCAAAGAUGCAACAACAUGGUAGUAGCUUGGAUCCAUAAGUCAACAUCACAAUCUAUCGUGCAAUCGAUCAUUUGGAUAGAAGAUGCUCAAGAUGUAUGGUUGGAUCUGUGGAGAAGGUUCUCAAGAUCAGAUGUAUUUCGCAUCUCUGAUCUUCAAGAGGAGAUUUAUAGAAUACAGCAAGGAGACAAGAAUGUUACUGAGUUUUUUACAGAAUUGAAAACUCUGUGUGAUGAACUUGAUAACCUUAAACCAAUACCAGUAUGUAAAUGCAGCACACGUUGCUUUUGUGGAGGAUAUGCGAAGAUGAGAGAAUAUAGAGAACGUGACCACAUGAUUCGGUUUCUAAAAGGUUUGAACGACCAGUACUCACAGGUAAGAUCUCAAAUCAUGUUGAUUGAUCCAUUACCUGAUGUUACUCGAGCUUUUGCAAUGAUAGUUCAACAAGAGCGUCAGUUUCAAGGAGAAUUUCGAUCAGCAAAUCCUGUUAAUGCUCAAGCCUUUGCUGUUAUUGAUGAUCGUAACAUGAAUAAAAGAGUUUUUAAUGGUCGUGGUUCAUUUCCUAGUUUUAGAGGAAGAGGUAGAGGUCCAAAUGGCAAUUACAGUGGACGAAAUUCAUCAUCUAAUAUGUAUGGUGGCAGAGGCAUUACCACCAGACUGUGUACACAUUGUGGGAGAUCGAAUCAUACAAUAGACACAUGCUUUCAUGUCCAUGGAUUUCCACCAGGAUUCAAAACCAGGAAUGAUGUUAAUUCCAGCACAAAUAAUAUAACUCAGGACACACGAAUUGAGUAA